AUGGGCCUUCCGUUCAUUAAGACGCCAAAAGCGGCAUCACCAAUCGAAGAAGCCAAACAAGUCCCCAUCGAAUGCCCCUUCGAUGAGGAACCAAACCCUCCCCCCGAAAAAUCUGCCAUUCGUUUUUGGAUUCUCAGCUUUGGCAUCUGUCUCGGUUUAUUUCUCUCCAUUAUCGAUUCUUCAAUAGUGGCGACGGCCUUGUUCACUAUUGGCAACGACUUCAAGGACCUUGAAGCUAUCAACUGGAUAGCUCUCGCCUACACAUUAGCCUACCUCGGGUGCGCGGUGGCUUUUGCCCAUGUUUCAGACGUCAUUGGCAGACGCGAUGCAUUUCUUCUAGCAAGUGUGCUAUUUUUUGCGUUUUCCAUGGCUAGCGGAUUUGCACAAAAUAUUCGCCAGCUCAUUGCCCUCCGAACAAUCCAGGGCAUCGGAGGUUCCGGCUUAUACUCUUUGACCAUGUGGCGCUGGAUCUUCUGGAUCAACGGCCCGAUUGCCGUGGUAUCAAUGACCAUUUUCCUGCUGGCAUGGCCAAGUAAAUCUCAGCAGAAUCCUCCAAGCCGCCUGCAGUGGAAGAACUUCGAUUUCUUCGGCACCCUUCUCAUCAUCGCCGCGUCAGUCCUCAUUGUCUUUGCUUUCCAAAGAGCCGGAGAGACUUCAAGGAAUAUCUUUAGCAGCUCUACCUUCAUCGCACCAUUGACUACUGGCUUGCUAUGUUGGGGCGGCGUGUUCGUCUGGGCAUUCCUGGUGGAAAGUGGUAGAUUUGGAGCCGGACUCGUGCCUGCUCUUCCUUUCAAACUGUUUCGAAACCGCCACUACACUUCUGCAGCACUCACCACCCUGCUAAUCGGAUAUCCGUAUCUGCAAAUCAUAUUCACAUUUCCGUCUCGCGCACAAAUUGUAAGUGGUAAAUCGGUUAUGAUGAGCGCGCUCGAACUUCUUCCUUUGGUCGGAGGCUCGGCUCUCGGUAGCGUGAUUGGGGGAUGUGGGCUGCUGUCUACAGUGCAAGGCAGAGCAGAUGAUGCGAAAGCAUUAGGCUUUCUGGUGUUUGCUGGACUGGGAUUCGGGCUUUCGACUGCCGCAGCUACCAUGUUGGUUACAUUCGAAGCAGCCAUCGCUGAUGCGGCCUCGGCGCACGGUAUUCUGGCUCAAAUGAGAAUAUUGGGUGGGAGCAUCGGCAUUGCUACAGCUACCAUUCUUCUUCGAAAUAAAUUGUCGGAUGUUUCAAAAGGGCCAAUCUCGGCAAUUGUCGAACAAGACGGCGCGGUUGCCAUGUCAUUAGCGUAUUCAUCAGCUUUCCGAGCUGGCAUGAAAGUCUGCAGCAUACUGUCUGGCAUCGCAGUACUGGUCUCUAUACUAGGCUUCCGGCGAACACGAAUGGACAUGAAUGAGCAGCGCGCCAAGCUGUUCCGCGAGGAAGAGAUCCGGCGUGCAAAUGAGCGUCCUCAAUAA